UUUUUAAAUUUGUUGUGUAUUGCUCUAAAUGGAAUCUCUUUUAUUUUUAUUUUAUGUAAACAGACGAGUGUAAAUUGAAACAAAGAACACCAUCUAGUGAAGCCCAUCGUUAAAUGGAAGUUAACACCUCGCCAAUGCAAACAGAAAGUUAACUCAGAGUAAAAUAUGGAAUCCGUUGCUCAAUGAGCUUCAGUCGCUCAUUGAAGCCGGGUCUGGAAGGUUGCGAAUGCGGUAAAUCAACGCUGAUUCUCUCGCUACAAUUUGUUUACAGAGCUAUUAGUUCUUAUAUGGUAAUAUAGUCAUAUUAUAGUAAUAUAUAUGUACACACGUAGACACCUCGGAGGUUUCCAGCGAGCGCCGCGUUCGCCUUCCAAUAAGAACGCUACGCAAGCUCGACGCAAACGGUUGAUCUUCGUAAUCUGAUUGCUCGGCAGGCAAGACGAAUCGACUCGCACUCGGACUCGGACUCGUACUUGAUUUUAAGUGUCGCUGAUUAAGCUUAAACGCAAUCAACUUGAAUCAUUUAUAAUUCGAGGAGCGAGCGAGAUGAGACAAUUGCAAUUGGUGUUCAUUUUGGCGCUCUGCAUCUGUCCGGCAAUAUGGGCGCAGCAGCUGGAUACAUUGGCUCCAGACUCUGGCCCGGAUGGACGGCAGCUGAAAUUGUGGCUUACGAUCAGCGCCCGGAAGCGUUUCGUGGAGAUCAGCUGGAAGAAUGCGCCGGCCCGGGAUGGCGAUCAAGUCUUGUUAACAAUACAGGAUCCGCACACAUUUGAGCUGCAAUCUGUGCCCACGGGCACGCCGCUGGCAGGAUUUGCGAAGAGUAGAAACAGUGACAGCGAGAGCGAGAGUGAGGAGAGCAGCGGUUCAGGCACAGACCAGGUGGCCUUUGUGCCAAUUCAUGGCUACACAACGCCUGGAACGGUGGCCAAGGCAGACGUUAUUCCAAUGCGACAGCAAUGGGGGUCUAAUGGUGGCAACAAUCAAAUUGUGGCCGCCAUCAAGCCCAGCCAAUCGGCCCAGUGGUUCACAACGGGCGUACCCUUUGAUUAUGCUCUGUCCCGGAAUGUGACCACGCAUAGCGACUGCUAUGGCUAUUGGGCUAGCUACAUCGAUGACCAUGGACGUAUUCUCGCCAAGACCUGUAUUCGUGCUCAUCCACGCUGGAUGACAAACUGGCACAGUGGGCUGGGUGAUCUGCGUCUGCGCGAUCUCUUCAUACCAGGCACACACGACUCCGGCUCUUACAGACCCAAUUUCGAUCCACUGUUGCGCGAGAGUCUGGUCACCAAGUAUGCUCUAACCCAGGACGAUGAUAUACGGGGCCAGCUGCUGCAUGGAGCACGCUAUCUGGACAUACGUGUCGGCUUCUAUCGUCCCAGCGAGGAGAAGUUCUUCAUCUAUCAUGGCAUCACUAAGCAACGACCACUCAAAGAGGUCAUUCAGCAGGUCAAGGACUUUGUCCAAGAAACUAAUGAGAUCGUUAUCUUUGGCCUCAAAGAGUUUCCCGUGGGUUUUGGCAAGAAUCUGGCCGUCCAUCAUCUGCUAGUUGCCUAUUUGCGAGAGCAGUUUGGAGAUUUCAUCGUCCACCCAUCGCUCACCUGGCAUGCCACACUGCGCGACAUCUGGAAGCGGCAGCAGAAUGUAAUAUUGGCCUACGACAAAAGUGAGGUCGUGCAGCAGUAUCCGGAUCUGCUCUUUAGUGGCGUGGAUCAGCGAUGGGGCAAUGUGCAGUCGUGGCCGCGUCUCGAACGGCAUUUGCGCUACAUCAACGACUUCGAUGUGUCCCGCUUCUCGAGUCGUCCUGUGGUGGACAUGGCGGAGCUAACUCCAGAAACCUGGGACGUUAUACUAGAUAAGCAUGGUGGCUUACGCAAAAUGGCAGACAAUGUGAAUUGGCGCAUCUCGCAGCUAUACCGAGACGAGCUUGGGGAACAUGCGAACAUUGUAGCUGCAGACUUUAUACGUGGCACUACGCUCGUCGAGACGGCCUUGGAAAUGAACCGGAAAAAGAUGGGUCAUUAGCAAAUGUGCCGCUAAAGCGCACUCUAAAUAUUUAUAAAAAAAUCCAUUUCAGUUUAAAGUUCAGUUUACAUUCACAAUAAUAACACAUUUAUAAAUUUCA